CCCAUAUAGUAGUAUAUUUUAAUUACUAUCUCCGUCUCUUGGUAUUUUAAUUAAACCCUAGUGAUAAUUCGAUCAAAAACGCAGGCGGUCGCGCCAUUAUCUUCUUCCUUGGAUCUCUCAUGGAAGACGCAAUCAGAAAAGACCCAGUGCUAAUGCUUCCCCGAGAGCUGAGCCGCCAUAUAUUUUCAUUUUUGCCGGUGAAGUGCCUUUUCAGAUGCAUGCCCGUCAGCAAACAAUGGCACGCCUUCCUUAAUGAAAUAAGAAACAGCCAUAACGGAAAACUGCAACUUCUCGUCAUCUCCUCCCGUCGAGAUUACUACGGCAAAAAGAAGUACAGAGUGAGGUCAAUCAACCCCGAUCUCAGCCUUCAAUGGGUGUCCUCGUCUCUAUUCACCAUCAACGGCCAGGACUUGAGGUUCUUUGAAGUUGAAUUUCCACCACGCAUUAUGGAUUCUUGCAAAGAGCUUGUUCUUGUUUCUACCGGAACAAAGAUCGUAGUGUGGAACCCACUUACAAAGUGGUUUAGAAUUGUGUUCGAUCCUUAUAAUAAUGAAGUUUGUAGCGCUCAAGACUGUGUUGAGGUUGUUGGGUCAAUUUGCUAUGAUGUCUCCAUCAAAGACUACAAAAUUGUCCUUGUACUUCGCCGUUUUGCUAAUCAUCGUCACUUUGUUUUUACAACCCGAUGUGUGAGUUUUGCAUGCUUCAAAAGCAAUACGUGGAAGAAUUUGGCGUUCCCUAGCGGAGUGCACUCCUCCAGAAGCAGCGUCAACUUCCGCAAUACAUUUCAUUGGUCACUAUGCCACGACGUCCAUAUCCGGUCGUCUCCAUUUAGGAAUAUACCUAUCGGCCGCAAUAAUAAGAUUGCUUAUUUUGAUCCCGUGAAUGAUGUGUUCAAAAUAUUGCCCUCUCCUGAACCAUGUCAUCGCGAAGAAGACGAUUGGAUAGUUGGCAUGGGAAUUGUAAAUGAUUGCCUUUGUCUAGCUCGUUUGGACAGCGAGACACGGACCGUUCAGAUUUUGGCCAUGAAAGAAUAUGGAAACGGAGAGUCGUGGUUCAGAGCAUUCGACAUCUCUUUGUCCAAAUUUGGUUGUGAUGCUGAAGAUUUGUACACCUUCAAUUUUUUCUCUCUAGAAAAGAAUGGAAAAGUUUUCAUGAAAUACGGCCAUAAGAGGAGAACUCUUGUCUAUGAUCCGGUCAAAGAAGAUGUUUUCACGGUUGAGAGUCUUUUACCUGAUUCAGAGACCAAUCUUAGUAUGUGCUUCUAUGCUCAAAGUUGUGCAUCCCAUAUGACCAAUUAAGUUAGAGAUAGAUACGUUGUAGUCAGCAUAUCUGAUGGUCAAUGGAUGCAUCCUAUACUACAUUCUUCUAUCGUUGUGUUAUCUAUCAAUAAAAUUGAAAUAAUUGUGAUUCCCA